AAUCGAUUGACGGGGAAAUGGGCGGGGGAAAAACCGGGCCGCCCCUUUAGGCUCAUUUGCAUGCCAUUUGCAUACUUCGUUUGAAAAGUGAGCAGGCAGCAAAGGGUUAAAUUGCAUCAGGAAAGAGAAUGGAAGCUCCUCCAGUAGUGGAAAAAACUAUCAAGCCAAUCGAUCACAGAUCAGUUCAUCAGAUCUGCUCAGGCCAAGUGGUGCUGAAUCUAUGUGCUGCUGUAAAAGAGCUGGUGGAAAACAGCCUCGAUGCUGGCGCUACUAACGUCGAAGUGAAGCUUAAAGAUUAUGGAACGGGUCUUAUUGAAGUCUCUGAUAAUGGUUGUGGCGUAGAAGAGGAUAACUUUGCAGGCUUGACGCUGAAGCAUUAUACUUCCAAGAUCCAAGACUUCUCUGACCUCAUCAACGUGGAAACGUUUGGUUUUCGAGGUGAAGCUCUGAGCUCUUUGUGCGCAUUAAGCAAUGUUUCCAUUGUCACUUGUCACAAGUCUUCCAAUAUUGGGACCCGGCUGGAGUUUGAUCACAGCGGGAAGAUCACUCGGAGAGUCCCAUUCUCCCGGCCACAGGGGACCACCGUCAGUGUCCAGCAGCUGUUUCAUACUUUGCCGGUUCGACACAAAGAAUUUCAGCGUAACAUAAAGAAGGAGUUUGCCAAAAUGGUCCAGAUACUGCAAGCGUAUUGUAUCAUUUGCACUGGGGUUCGAAUUAACUGCACCAACCAAGUUGGCCAAGGGAAGAAACAGGCUGUGGUGUCCACCAGCGGAAGUUCUACUUUAAAAGAAAACAUCAGUGCCAUAUUUGGACACAAACAGGUGCAAACCCUGAUUCCCUUUGUACAGCUGCUGCCCAGCGAAGAAGUCUGCGAAGAAUACGGCUUGAAUGUUUCUGCUCUGCCCACUAAGCUUUAUACCAUCACAGGAUUUGUUUCACAAUGCAAUCAUGGCGAUGGGAGGAGCACAACGGAUAGGCAGUACUUUUUUAUUAACCAGCGGCCAUGCGACCCCGGAAAGGUUUCCAAAGUUGUAAAUGAGGUCUAUCAUAUGUAUAAUAGGCACCAAUAUCCAUUCAUUGUUCUUAACAUCUGUGCAGAAUCUGGAUGCGUGGACAUCAACGUGACUCCGGAUAAAAGGCAGAUCUUGCUCCAGGAAGAGAAGCUUUUAUUAGCAAUUCUGAAAACAUCACUGAUGGCGAUGUUUGGCAGUGACGUUAAUAAAUUGGUGGUGAAUCAAAAGUUGACCUAUGUUGAAGGGAACUUGAAAAGCUUCGUCCGAAACGAGAAAGAAGUGUCUCCUUUGGAAUCGUCUACCAGUCCUUUGCCUCCAAAUCAGGGUGAGAAAUCAGAAAUAAUUGCUCGUCUGAAGGAAUCCUUUUCUCGAGGGAAAACCUCUGCUUUUCAGGAGACCGAAAAGGCACAACCAAAACACAGGCCCACCAACCAAGGAAUGUUCCAGAUGUUUGCCGCUUUCUCCGCCUCCCCCCGAAAGAAAAUUCUUCCCAACGAGGAAUCUGAAGACGGAAGCAAGGUAGAUUCAAGGGAUUCCAUGUUUGCAGGCAGGAAGUUGGAGAAAUCGAAUGAAGAUACGGACUCUGGUUUGGGGAGCGUCUCCGCCGAGUCUGAUGGGGGUUUGAGCACCCCAGAAACGGGCGUCCAUUUUAGAGCCGAAAGCACUGCGGGUUCUUCCAAUCGAGAGUCCCGUUGUUUGGGCGCAGAAAUCCAGAGCAGCGAAUGUGGAUCUAGCGGCCUUUCCUGCCCCUCCGAACCAAACCAGAGUGAAGAAGGUGGCUUCUCUCAACGAGCCACUUCACCCCCUAAAGCAAAACGUUUUAAGAGCCUUCAGUCUCUUUCACCAAAAGCCAAUUUAUCAGCGGCAACCCCUGAGCAGGAUUCUGGCGCACAGCCCUUGUACGACAUCCCGGUCAAAAUGGAAAAGAGGACGGUUCCUUUAGCCUUCUCUUGGAGCACCUUGACGGACCGGAUCCAGAGGCAAAUUAAGCGCCAGGAGACCGAAGGAGAAAUGUUGAAAUUCAGACAAUUCAAGGCAAAGAUUAGCCCGGAAGAAAACAAAAUGGCGGAGGAUGAAUUAAGAAAGGAAAUAAGGAAAGAGAUGUUUGCUAAAAUGGACAUCGUUGGCCAGUUUAAUCUGGGGUUUAUCAUUGCCAAGCUGAAAUCGGACCUCUUCAUCAUCGAUCAGCACGCUACCGACGAAAAAUACAACUUUGAGAUGCUGCAAGAACACACGGUCCUGCAGGGGCAGAAGCUGAUCCAGUGAGCGUCUUCUCUACAGUUUGGGGUG